UGCCAGCGUUAAAAAAAAUCUCUUUUGUCUACAGAAAAUGUUAAGUACAUUAUAACGAUGUUCCAAAUAAAGUUAUAAAAAACAUCACGUGUGGCCACACUCACUAUCUAUUGUGUCAUUUGUGACGUCCGGAUUGUCGUAUCGCCAUGUUGGUGUCCUUACGUCACAUCAGGCCAUAUAGCAAGCUAAGCGCUUGGGAAGGGCACUGCCGCUAUGGAAAGGACUCCCUAACCACGGUGAUUCUGGGACCUUGUGUUGUCUGAAGUCAUCCUGAGACCAUGUUGGCACGUCUGUUCAGACUCCAUGGGUUGCUGGUGGCCUCCCACCCAUGGGAGGUAAUCGUGGGGACGCUGGCUUUGACCGUGUGCUUCGUGUCCAUGAACAGCCUAGCAGCCAGCCACCGAAUGUGCAAGUGGAACGAAUGCCCCAAAGUCGAGGAGGAGAAAAUCCACAGCAGUGAUGUAAUCAUUCUGACAGUGACACGCUGCAUGGCCAUCAUUUAUAUUUAUUUCCAGUUCAAGAAUCUCAGACAGCUGGGCUCCAAAUAUAUUCUAGGUAUUGCAGGGUUAUUUACAGUGUUUUCCAGCUUCGUCUUCAGUACAGUGGUCAUCCACUUCUUUGGGAAGGAGCUCACAGGUCUGAAUGAAGCACUGCCAUUCUUCCUCCUGCUUAUCGACCUGUCCAGAGCCUGUGCGUUGGCUAAAUUUGCCCUCAGCUCAAACUCUCAGGAGGAGGUAAGGGAGAAUAUUUCCCAGGGCAUGGCCAUCCUGGGCCCAACAUUCACCCUGGAUGCUCUGGUUGAGUGUCUGGUUAUAGGAAUUGGAACCAUGUCUGGUGUGCCUCAGUUAGAGAUCAUGUGCUGUUUUGGCUGCAUGUCUGUUCUCGCCAAUUACUUCGUCUUCAUGACGUUCUUCCCCGCGUGUGUCUCUCUGGUCCUAGAGUUGUCGAGGGAUAGCCGCGAGGGCCGUCCUAUCUGGCAGCUGAGCCACUUCUCCCGUGUGCUUGCUGAGGAGGAGGAUAACAAGCCCAAUCCUGUGACUCAGAGGGUUAAAAUCAUAAUGUCUCUGGGCUUGGCUUUGGUUCACGCUCACACUCGACUGACAGCUGAACAUUCAGGUCAGAAUCGCACAGUGGAAGGGCCUGUAGCAAAGAGUCUGGAUUCUCCUAGUACCAUAUUGCCUCUGAAGCUCACCAGUAUCGACCUGGAACAGGCGAUAACCCUCGGUCUUGCUCUGCUUCUGGCUGUAAAGUAUGUCUUCUUUGAGCAAGCAGAAACAGAGUCUUCGCUUUCCCUCAAGAGUCCCAUUAUAAGCUCCACUCCCAGUUCAAAGCCCUGGCUGGCAGAGGACUGCUGCAGGAGGUCCCUGCCAGCUCUGAAACCCCAGAAGACAACUAACUGUAUCUUGGCAACCAGCCCUACCUCCUCAGCUGCUGCUUCAGACUUGAAACUUUCUCCUGAGGCUGACAUAUCAUUUAGAGUGGAGGCAGUUGUGGCUCAGAAUGAGUUUUCUGGUACAUGUUCUGGGGGUUCCCUUCCUCAGACACAAUGUGCUCCUCCGAGUGUUUGUACUUCCGAGCUCCGAACUCUGGAAGAAUGUAUGGCCAUCCUCUCGGAUUCUCAGAGAGGUGCCCAUUUGCUGAGCGACGCAGAGGUGAUGAACCUCGUAGCCUCGCGGAAGAUUCUGAACCAUAAGCUUGAAGCUGUCCUUGAGAAUCCAGAGAGGGGCGUGGCCAUCAGGAGAGAGAUGCUGUCAUCCAAACUUCCCACUCCCACUGCCUUGGCUUCUCUGCCUUACAAGGACUACGACUACUCAAAGGUGAUGGGUACCUGCUGCGAGAAUGUCAUUGGCUACAUGCCGGUGCCAGUAGGAGUGGCUGGCCCUCUUCUGUUGGACAAGAAAGAGUUUUAUGUUCCUUUGGCCACCACAGAAGGCUGCCUGGUAGCCAGCACCAACAGAGGAUGCAGGGCACUUGGUCUGAGUGGGGGUUGCAGCAGCAGGAUCCUAGCUGACAGCAUGACCAGGGGUCCUUUGGUGAGGCUGCCCUCAGCGUGCCGGGCUGCAGAGGUCAAAGUCUGGCUCGAGACCUCGGAUGGACUUAGCAUUAUUAAACAGGCCUUUGACGAGACCAGCAGGUUUGCUCGUCUGGAGAAGUUGCUGGUGGGCAUAGCUGGCAGAAAUCUUUAUAUUCGCUUCCAGUCUCAGACGGGCGAUGCCAUGGGAAUGAACAUGCUCUCCAAGGGGACUGAUCAUGCUCUGCAUGUGCUCCAGCAGCAGCAUCCAGACGUGGAGGUGCUGUCUGUCAGUGGCAACUUUUGCACCGACAAGAAGCCUGCCGCCAUCAACUGGAUUCUGGGCCGGGGCAAGUCUGCCGUGUGCGAGGCCACCAUUCCUGCUAACGUGGUCAGAGAGGUGCUGAAGACCAGCACAGCUGCUCUGGUGGACCUGAACAUCAACAAGAACUUUGUGGGCUCAGCCAUGGCUGGCAGUAUAGGCGGCUUUAAUGCUCAUGCUGCCAACAUUGUAGCUGCUAUCUACAUUGCCUGUGGGCAGGACCCGGCUCAGACAGUGGGGAGCUCCAACUGCAUUACUCAGAUGGAGGCUGUCGGUCCAGGUGGGGAGGACCUGUACAUCAGUUGCACUAUGCCCUCUAUAGAGCUCGGCACAGUGGGGGGAGGCACCAACCUGUCGCCACAGCAGGCCUGUCUGCAGAUGCUUGAUGUUACCAGUCCCAACCAGCCAGGUGAGAAUGCCCGUCAGCUGGCCCGCGUAGUUUGUGCCACAGUCUUGGCAGGAGAGCUCUCCCUGAUGGCUGCUCUCGCUGCAGGACACCUCGUCAAGAGCCACAUGACCCACAACAGAUCUAAGACAAACCUGUCGGAGAACACUGCGUGACACUGAUGCCCCGUGCUGGUGGGGGUUCUAAAAGGAGCGCUGAGACGUCACAGUGUUAAUAAACAGAGCCAGCGUGCUUGCUUUAUGCGUCGCGUCACUGACUGCACGAAUUCUUGGGUUGAAAUGUUCAGUUAGUUAUUCGUGCCGUUUGUGCGCAUCUGAACUUUAAUAGUGUUUGAGGAAACCUGUUAUUUGUGGUACGGAUCUUGGAGAGAACUGUGAGCGACCGACGGUGUUUGGAUUGGUAAAACCCGCCAUGCUGCACAAGUCACGAGUCCUGCGCCUCUGAAGAGUGGCAAAGCCAAAAGCAGAUAUUUUUUUGUGUCAUACAGAGGACGGAUGGAACGUCUGAAUGGUUUUUACAUGAAAGCUACGAAAGGAGAUCUUCACAAUUGUCACCUUUUUUUUUUUUUUUCCUUUUGACAAAUGGAUCUUUGCACUUGCUAAAAGCCUGAGAGAGUGUAGUGGGCAGCUUUUGCCCAAGUUUCAAAUGUGAAUGUUUUUAUCAGUGUUGUUGGCUAUCACAUGUACAUCCCUCCCUGAGUGAAGGUGCUACUGUAUACUGUGUAUACUGUAGAUUGCCCAUGACUGUCGGACUUCUCGCUUCCAUGAGUGAAGCAGUUGCCAACAGAAAGGUUCUGAUCAUGUGUUUGGUUCAGAUUCUUAUUAGCUUCUACAAAUUUUUGAGGAAAAUUGGAAGCCAUAUUAAUUUAACUGACUUUUAUGGUACACGGUAAUCUCUAACUGAAUGAGGUGGACGUAAAAGACUGAGUAUAAAGUAUCACUGACUGCAGGUCCUGCUCAUUUUCAGAAAGCAGUGACACUCAGAAGUGGCCUUACAUACGUACGUCUGAGAAAUUGAGCCUUAGCGCGCUUUAGAUAGAAUAUUUAAUUGUAAGAAAUUAAAAUACUGUCUUAUUUAAAAAAAAAAUAAAACCAUGCUUCUUCCUGA